UAAGCCUGGUGCCUGGACACCCACUCUCAUCUACAUAGCUGCUCUCCCAGGUCCCCUUUCCAUUUCUGAGACAAGGGCCCUGAGGUCAGCUCUGCAAUUUGCCUUGUCGCCAGCUCUUCUCUCUGGGGUCCCUCCCCUCCUUUGCCAAUCUGAGUACUAGGGCGGGGCUGCCCAGCUGGCUUUGGGCCCCGCCCCGAGCUCCCAACCAAUCACAAUCCCUUCUUUCGGGGGCUGGGCUGAAGGGCUCUGCUUCCAAGCUGCUAGAGCUCCAGCACUAGGCUCCCAGGCGGGGAUGAUGCACGGCUACUGCUCCUGUCACCACUGCCAGAGACUGCCCCGAGCUUCCGGUGUGCUGGGGCUGUUGCAGCUGUUGCUACCGCUCGGGGGGAGCCAAAGCAGGUGGAUCCCCAGAUGUGCCCGUUGGUUCCCUUGGGUGCCUCUGACGCUGAGUCACGUCCCCCGAGCACAUGCAGGUAAACAAGCCCCUGGGGGCUUGGCGGUGAAGGGGGGCAGGGCUGCUCAUCCUAUCAACCACUCUCCACCCCCACCCCUAGUCCUUGUAUCUCCCCUGGCAGCAGCUGCAACGGGCCCAGGGGGCUGUGACACCAUAUACCAGGGGUUUGCUGAGUGUCUCAUCCGCUUGGGGGACGGCAUGGGCCUUGGAGGCGAGCUGGACACUGUCUGCAGGUCUUGGAAUGACUUCCACGUCUGUGCCUCCCAAGUCCUGUUGCGCUGCCCAGAGGAGGCUGCUGCUGUGUGGGAGUCACUACAGCAAGAAGCUCGCCAGGCCCCGCACCCAGACAACUUGCAUGUUCUCUGCGGCACCCCUGUGCGUAUCAGGGAGCAUGGCAUAGGCCCUGAGACCAACCAGGAGACGCUGCAGGCAAGAGCAUCUGCACCCACCCCAGCCCCGACGCCCCCACUGCUGGCAGCUGCUCUGGCGCUCGCCUGCCUCCUGGGGCCUCUGGCCUAGCCAGUCUGGUGGAGCAGCAGCACCCCUGCCUCCUACCCUGCUCUGGUAGCUGCGCUUGGGGCUCGACACAGUGCCCUUGGCUUUCAUUAAAGGUAUUUAUAUUUGUACUAAGCUUCCUUUCUUCUGGCCAUUGCCAGCCCUGCUUUGUUGGGGCAGAGCCUCCAGAAGCUGAUCUCUGGGGAUGGAUGGGCAGGGCCCAUGGCCACCACAGGGGACUCAAUCUUUCUACUUAAAGAUACUCAUUUCCCAGGGCUGGCUGUGCAGAGUUUUCCAUCGUGUGCAGGUUCUAGGAGCUACAGUGGUGACCUGAAAUCUUCUGGAAUGCAUUGCCUUCCUCUCUUCUCUUGGGCUGGCAUUUCUCCCCAAGGCUGCCCCUCCUGCCCUGGCCCCCAUGGGCAUGUGAGGGGGUGAAGUGUACCAGCCCACCCCAUCUCCACGUUUGUUUCAGCCUCCAUGUUCCUGCCAUCUUUGCUAACUAUGUCUUAGCCUUCAAGACAGAUUAAGUGCUCUGUCCUCUCCCUCUCUGGUGUCCUGGUCUACCUGAGGGGAAGCUGUUCCAGGAGAUGGGGAGUCCCUGUUUGGGUCUAUAUUCAAGUCCCUGAGGUGACCUGGAGCUGCAGAAACGGGUUAUGAUGAGGGUUCCUCUGGCCUCUCAUGUACCCAAGCUUCUCCUUUGAGAAGAGGUAUGCAGUGUGACGUCAAUAAUCCCAGAAGACUUUCUGGAAGCAUGGAAUGAGUGUGUGAUGUGAGAGGAAACCCUGUGCAUCCUGGUGGAGAGAGGCAAGAAUCCACAUGGGCAGAAUCCUGAGGGAAGGAGGAGUCCUCAGAGAGGGUGAAACGCUCUCUCAAUCAGUCCUCUACCACCACCUCUAGGACCUUACUCCUACCCACCACCCCAUGACUUGUGUGGGCAGUGCCAUGGCCUCACUGACUUCUGCUCUCAUCCCCUCUGCUUUACUCUCCUUUUUUUUUUUUUUAAUUUAGAACCAAUUCCAAAGUUAAAGCUCCUUUUCAUUGUCUAUGCAGCCCCACCUAAGCCAGUUCUGCCCACAGUUGAUUCAGUCCACUCCUGCGACUCCCCUCUGUCUGAGCCUGGAACAGGGAUCUACCUACUCAGUCCUUGGCAUCAGGGAGGCUUCAGGGAGGGCAUGUUAUAGGAAGUGAUAAGGGAGGUCAGGAUGUGGGACUUAACAGGUGGUGGAGGAGAGAUGGGCUGAGUUGGAGACGACUUUACAAGAGGAGCCCAAAGGAAUCAGGGUAGGAACCCAGAGCUUGGUAGACUAGGUUUACACUAAAGCCCAUGCUGGGGGACUGCUGCCUCCAGGACUGAAUAAGCCUAAUUGAACCCUUCCUUGUUUGGCUCCAGGGUGACAGGAGCCUCCAGAGACCUCCAUCCUUGUGUAUAGCAGCCCUACUUCAUCCGUUCUUCCCAAACAUCAUCCGAUUCCAGUUAGCUCAGAUACCUCCGUCAACUCUGUCUGCCCAACGUUUGCUCCUCUGCUUCAUUCACUUUUAUCUCCACUUUUAUCUCCCAGCCAGUCAUUACCAAUCUUCUCACAUGACCUAAAGGAGAAAAUUCAGGAGGAAAUUCCUCCCACAUCUGCCCCACUCUGACCACCAGAAUUUUCCAGAAGGAAAGGCCAGGCUUUUAUCCCUUUAGGUCU